GGCGGUGCCGGGCGGUCACGUGACGGAGCAGCAUGGCGGCGCGCGGAGCGUGACCGGAGGGAGCCCCAGUGCGAGCGGCCGGGUCCUGCCCUGCAGCGCCAUGGUGACAGAGGAGGAGGUGGCUGCCAUCGGCCGGACACUGCUGGACGCGGCGCAGCCUCUGCCCGCCCGGUUCCGGGCCCUGUUCACCUUGCGCAACCUGGGCGGGCAGGCGGCCGUGGGCUGGAUCAGCCGGGCCUUCGGGGACAGCUCCGCGCUGCUGAAGCACGAGCUGGCCUAUUGCCUGGGGCAGAUGGGGGACGAGGCGGCCAUUCCCGUGCUCAUCCAGGUGCUGCAGGACACCAGCCAGGAGCCCAUGGUCCGACACGAAGCAGGUGAAGCCCUGGGUGCUAUCGGGAACCCCGAUGUGCUGGAUAUCUUGAAGCGCUAUUCAGAGGAUCCUGUGGUUGAGGUGGCAGAGACAUGUCAGCUGGCAGUGAGGAGGCUGGAGUGGCUGCAGGAGAACAAGCAGGAUCCAGGCUCCAGCCCCUACCUCUCUGUGGAUCCUGCCCCACCUGCCGAGGAGACGGACGUGGCCGAGCUCCGCAGAGCCCUCCUGGACGAGUCCCGCCCGCUGUUCGAGCGCUACCGGGCCAUGUUUGCCCUGCGGAACCUGGGGGGCCCGGCGGCCGUGCUGGCGCUGGCGGAGGGGCUGUGUGCGGGCAGCGCCCUGUUCCGCCACGAGAUCGGGUACGUGCUGGGCCAGCUGCAGCACGAGGCCUGCGUCCCGCAGCUGACGGCCGCGCUGCGCAGCCGCUCCGAGAGCCCCAUGGUGCGGCACGAGUGCGCCGAGGCCCUGGGCGCCAUCGCCCGCCCCUCCUGCCUGGAGACCCUGCGCGCCUUCGCCCAGGACGAGGAGCGGGUGGUGCGGGAGAGCUGCCAGGUGGCUCUGGACAUGUACGAGUACGAGAACGGUGCCCAGUUCCAGUACGCUGAUGGGCUCUGCAAGCUGCAGGCCCCUGCCUGAGCCCUGCUGAGCUCCCCCCCCCGCUGCGUUUGCACGGCCAGCGCCCUCGACGUGGAUCCAUGCCUGGUGGAGAAGGAAGUGGAUUUGCUCUCUGGCACAAUUAUAGUUGCCUUCUUUCCAAA